AUGUUUGAAACGUCCCCGACCGCGUCGGAAACGCAACCGUUACCAAUUUCAGGAGGCGAGAAACAAGACGACGGGGAGGAAUGCAACGGACCACUUUUACCAAGAACAACAACAACUACAACGCGGAGAAGACGACGAGUUCAUCAUAAAAUUGCCGAGGAUUUGGAACAACAACACCACCACCGAAAAACGAAUACUACUUUGUUGACGAAGAAGACGGAGAGUGAGGAGAAGAACAACGCCGCUGAAGUGAUGAUGACGACAAAAACGAAGAAGAAGAUGCGAGGAUCGUACGAGGAAAACGACGGCGAGGCGAUGAUGAUGAUGAUGCAAAGUGAUGUCGAGCACCAGAAAUCACAUUCGGUGCUUUUAGAACACGCGAAGGAGUUGAAGGAGAAUUUUCAGAGGUGGAUUCAUGCGAUCAUGGAGAGGAAAGACAUCGCGGGGAUGCACCAUCAGUCUUUGUACGACGCGCCUCCUCCUCGUCCUCCUCCCGCGAUGAUGACAAAAACGACGACGAGGAAAAAGGAAGAUCUUCAGCGACGCGAUCAGGAAUGUCGGCAACAAAACUCCGCGCCUAAAGGUGCUUUUAACGAGAACAAUAACCAGGGUGGUGGUGUUGGUUUUUUGACUCUUCCUCGAUUCAAGUUCUUAAAAUUGUUACCGACGAUUGAUAAGAUCGCGUGGGAUCCUCGUUUGAAAUCAUUCGUGAUGUACUUCCUUUGCGUUUUGAUUAUGGAAACGAAAAUUGCCAUCGUCGGCGUGAAACAGAUCGUCCCGGAUGAGAAAAGGUUUUUGACGUCAGAAAUGUAUUCGGUGUACGUGAAGAACAUAUUGAUGACGUUUGUACCGUUACAGUUUGCGAUUGACCUGGCGUUUUUGUGUUUAGGCGUGAGGAAACGAAUCGGCGCGCGAGGGAAGUUCGAGUACGACGCAGAGUACGAGGAAAAAGUAUAUUUUUGGAGACAAAUGAUCAAGACGUUUUUGAGACAUCCGCAGGUGACAUUGGCGUUAGCCGGAUUGUACGGGCCAGUCUCGCACGAGUUCUCCUCGGUUCAGUUUGGGGCGAUUGUGUUUAUGCCUCUGAUCAUCGGCAAGUAUAGUAUUUCGAGGUACUCGAGCUUGAAGUAUUCGUUCUUUUACUCCAUCAUGGCUACGGUGUACGCGUUUUUAUUUCAGUUCUCGGCGCCUGAAGUGAGAGAAAUGUGGUUUGAGAACAAAUUUGAGACGUUUAUGGACGUGACGGCGAAGAUGUAUUCUAGAUGCUCACCGCAAUAUAUGGCUUUUAUAUUCUUCACGCCGUUGGUGAUGCACUUGAUGUACCUCGUGGUCAACGCAGCGGGCACGUCCAAGAAGUAUAUCAAUCUUAGUUUGGCGACGACGGCGAUCGUAUACGAUAGGGAGAAGAGUCGAUUUGAUCGAGUGCGUUUCACCGGCGAUGAACAAAAUGCAGAGAAAGAGGAAGUUCUCGAAGAAGAAGAAGAAGAAGAAGAAGAAGAAGAAGAAAUGCCAACCCUUUCGCCAACGAGGAGGAAAGCAAACGAUAGAAGAACGACAGCAACACCCGUAGUAGCAGUAACACGGACGGUGACGCGAAGGAGGACGAGGUCACAGACCAAUUCUCCUUCGUCUCCUGCCAGGAACAACAACAACAACUCAAACUACACCGGGGAUAAUAACUUUCUCGAAGUUUUAGGUUUUGGUAUUCACUUGAAAAGUAGAAGUAAACGUUUGAGAGACUCGCCGCCGUCCUCGCUGAAUACUUCCAAGGACGGCUCCGACGGGGAUGUUUUAGAUAUAGGAAGUACUGAUCUGAGAAGCCGACAAGCUUUGUCGUUCAUCGACGUGCCAAACGAGCGUUACGACUACAUCGGAGAGUUGUGCGGCCGUUCGGUUGAAGAAGAGUGCACCGUCAUGGACGGCACGCACGUCGUCAUUCACCCGCCGCCUCCUUCGACAUCUGGUGGAAGGAGUGAAUCUGAGACAUCCAUAUUUUCUGCGUUCAAACCAGCGCUAUCGGCGAGAAAUAUUUUGUUUCCGUACACGAGAAAGAGCGGAACGUACAAGCGCAACGCGGAAACGAUCCGAUUAGUCGAUCGAGAGUUUACGCAAGUUCUUCAAAAAUUGAAAGAUCUUCACUCAAAAUCUGUCGUCGUUUCAAACAAUUCAAACGGGGAAUUACACGAUUUAAGCGUUCGCAUAGAAGGAAAAGGAAACAACGUGAUGUCUUGCUCCGUGUGGAGAGGUUUUACGCCGGACAACAUGCCCAUUCGAGCUGUCGCGGAGAAGAUCAAACCGAUCAAAUGCUCCUUUGGCGUUGGACGAGCGAAGAAGACGGCGUACGCGGACAUGCGCGCUGGCUUGCCAUCUGGUGCAGUGACGAACAACGACAUUAACAUCAACGCAUUGACUGUCAAGUCGCAAUCUCGAUUUCCGCACUCGUACCCGCGAAUCAUCUCAGUCUCCCCGAUGUGCGUUUUGCCGGGCGUGAGAACUCGCAUCCAAAUCCACGGAAGAAGUUUGAAGAACAUAACUUUAUGCGCUCGAUUACACGGCAAGGCUGACGUCGAGGAGAUCUUCAUGCACAGCAGCGAUGAUCAGCAGAAUUCGGAGCAAAAGAAAAGCGGAAGUUCGAUUGCUUUAUUCAAACUGCCGUUGUCGAAGCUUCGUCAAACCGAAAGAGCUCGCCACGCGAUGUGGAUGAAAGAGUCCGACGAGAUGCCACUCGACGCGUCCGACGAGAUGGAGCACUACGAACUCGAAGCACGCAAGAGAAGGGAAGGGGGAAUUUCUCUCAAGAACGACAACGAGAACUCCAUCUCAUCCAUCUCGGAUACCUCCUCGGACGACGAGCAAAUCGAACAAGCGCCGUUAGAAACCGUCUACGUGGACGUCUGCGUCGACUCCUUAUAUGACGGCGGCUUAUUCUUCCUCCAGUUCCUCAACGUCCCGUUCGCGUCUGCCUCGAUCCCGAUCGUCGUCACUCCGUUUCUGAACAUCAAACGCGAAUUAGACAAAAAGUUUUCCAACCGAAAACUCGGCGACGGCGCCAGAGUCGUUUUGUUCAAGUCUGCCGAAAUCACCGGAGGUCGCGGCAUGGAUUGGAAUAUCGACGAGUUCGCUAAUGCGUUGGAACACGAUUUGGGGUGCCCCAAGUACGCCGACUUGGUUCGCGCGGCCAAAUCUUCUUAA